GAACCACCCUCCAGGAACAGGAAGUAGUGCUGAUGAACUAGCAUGUGCUGGAUGUCCCUCAGUGCCACGCUGGCCAGUCUGCCAGGCCCGAGAGGAUGGAGACCCUGCGAAGGAGCCUUUCCCGCUGGAAGAGGUACCACAUCAAGGUGCACUUGGCCGACGAGGACUUGCUGAUUCCCCUCACUGUCAAGCCCACGGACAAGGUGAUGGACCUGCGGGCUCAACUGGUGCGAGAGGGCAUCACCUCUUGGAAGAAGACUUUUUACUACAACGCCAGGCAGCUUGGGGAGGAGGAGACUGUGAAGGAGGCCAAAAUCCAGAAUGGAUCUGUCCUGCUUCUUGUCAGCCACAAGAGAUAACGCCAUGCAGCGGAGCCCAGGCAACGAGAGAUGGGGCAAGUAACAAAGGC